AUGACUCUUCAGGAAAUGGUGAAUCAGGCAGCUGGCCUGUACUCUGACAGAAAAGCAGUUUGGUUUAAUGAAUGCGAUGACAAACCUCCAACUUUCUACACGUAUGCGACGGUGGUUAAGCUUGCCAUGGAAUUAACAGCUUUCCUUCAAAAGCACUGUGGUCAGGAAGGAAAAUGUGAAAUAGGCCUUUACUGCUAUCCAGGAAUAAACUUACCGUCUUGGAUCUUAGGAAUCCUUCAAGUUCCAGCUGCCUAUUCUCCUAUUGAUCCAGAUGCACCACCAACGGUAUCCACUUACUUCAUGAAGAAAAGCAAUCUUCAAUAUAUUCUUGUUGAGAAUGACAAAAUAAAUAAAUUCCGGAUGUCCCAUGUUGGUUGGUUUGAGUGCAAUUCUUCCACAAUAGAACCUAUUGGUUUAACUCUCUUCCAAAUAAGCUCAAGCAACACUGAUUUAAAUUCACAAGUAGAUGAUGUGAAAAGUAAAUAUGAACCUGUCAGAGCUAUGGGUAACUCACAGCCAGGAUAUACCAUUUGCCCAGACCAAACUGAAGUAAAAACAUCAGAAGGAGAACACACGGACGUUGGCCAGAAAUACUCUUUAGCAUAUGUCUUGCAUACAUCAGGAACUACAGGGAUCCCCAAAAUAGUCAGAGUGCCUCAUAAAUGUAUAGUGCCAAAUAUUCAGCAUCUUAAAUCCAUAUUUGAGAUCACACAGGAUGAUAUGCUGUUCCUGGCUUCUCCUCUAACAUUUGACCCAUCUGUGGUUGAAUUGUUCAUUGCUCUGACAAGCGGAGCCUCUAUUCUUGUAGUACCAAACACUAUUAAAAUGAUGCCUGUGGAGCUGUCUGCUGCACUAUUUCACCAUCACCACGUGACAGUGUUGCAGGCAACACCAACACUUCUCAGAAGGUUUGGAGCUCACAUUAUUAAGUCAACAGUGUUGUCUGCAAAUACUUCACUUCGUGUUUUAGCCCUUGGUGGUGAAGCAUUUCCUGUACUGAAUCUCUUGAAAAGUUGGAAGCACAAGGAGAACAAAACAAGUAUUUUUAAUUUGUAUGGUAUUACUGAAGUGUCAAGCUGGGCCACAUGCUACAAGAUUCCUGAAGAGGUUUUUAGUGCUGAUUUUAGAACUGAUUUCCCUAUACCUUUGGGGUCACCACUCCUUGGAACAAAAGUUGAGGUCAGAGAUGCCAACGGUUCUGCAGUUCUAGAAGGCGAGGGACAAAUAUUUAUAGGUGGUGAAGAACGAAUCUGCUUUCUUGAUGAUGAAAUAACUGUACCCCUGGGUACAAUGAGAGAAACAGGGGAUUUUGUAAGAGUGCAGAAUGCAAAGUUGUUCUUCGUGGGUCGGAAAGACAAUCAGAUUAAACGUCACGGCAAACGUUUUAAUAUUGAAUGUUUGCAGCAGGCUGCUGAAGAUCUUUGUCAGGUAGAAGCUAAAAAAAAGCAGGAAAAACUUAUCCUGUUUGUUGUACCCAAAGAUGAUUUCGAAGAGAGAGAAACACUUAAAGAACUGCAGAAAAGUCUACCAGCUCAUGCAGUCCCUGAUGAGCUUGUACUGAUUAAAGCUUUGCCUUUAACAUCACAUGGCAAAGUUGAUAUAUCUGAACUGAACAAGAUUUACCAGAACCAUCUAAACUCCAGAAGGCGUGACAGUAAGCUGAGUGGCGCAGAGGAAUUGUGGGAAAGAUUGCAGUAUUUAUGGAAGUCUGUUCUGGGUCUCCUAGGUGAUUCCACCAGAAUUUCUAAAGAUGCGGUAUUUCUGUACAGUGGUGGAGACUCCUUAAAGGCUCUACGAUUUUAUGAUGAAAUUGAGAUGCUAGUAGGCAAAGCUGUGCCUGGACUCCUCGAAGUUAUUCUCAGCCGCUCAAUUGAAGAGGUUUAUAGACAUAUCCUUAAAAUUCUGUUUCCAGAUGAAGACCAAUUAAUGAAUUAUGACAAUGUUGUGAAAAGAAAAUUAAGUGGGAACAGUGGAGAGGACUUCCAUGGAAAAUAUAUUAAACUGAAAUCUGAAAGAAAUCUUGAGGUUGCUUCAGGGUUAAUUUCAUUUAUUGCACUAAGCAGAGGAAAUCAUUUUUUCUCUAUGAAUUUCACCAAGUCUUUUAUGCAACCCAACAAUACAGUACAGGUAGGAGUGGAACUGCUACAGCAACCAUCCUUUCUGCAUUUAGUGACUCCAAGUAUAAUGAAAAGCCACGCACAAGGGUAUGAAACGGAGAACAGAAUUUUAACAAUUACGAACAAGGCAAAUAAAACCGACUGUUGCUCUGUACAGCAGAUCAAUGCAGAAUGCAGUCAUGUAGCAACGGCAGAGUUGGCAUUAUGCACAAGAUGGAAGUCCAAUACAAGAAAAUGUGUUGAUGCAUCACCACUGGUUGUAAUACCAUCUAAAGAAGAAGUAUCUGCAUCUGUAUAUAUUGGUUCUCAUUCUCAUGCAAUGCAGGCAAUUGAUCUAGAUUUGGGAGAAAUAAAAUGGGAGAAGAACCUUGGAGAUCGUAUUGAAUCUUCUGCCUGCGUAUCUAAGUGUGGAAAUUUCAUAGUUGUUGGUUGUUAUGAUGGCUUAGUGUAUGUGCUUCAAAGCAGUGAUGGGGAAAUACACUGGACUUUUGUCACAGAAGAUACUGUGAAAAGCUCUGCAGUUGUAGACCCUUCCAGUGGACUAGUCUACAUAGGAUCACAUGACCAACAUGUAUAUGCUUUGGAUAUUUAUAAAAAGGCAUGUAUAUGGAAGUUACAUUGCGAAGGUGGAGCUGUGUUUUCAUCUCCUUGUCUAAGUUCUUUUCCACAUCAUCUUUACGUUGCUACACUAGGAGGACUACUAUUGGCUGUAAACCCAGUGACGGGGAAUAAGAUUUGGAAAAGCUUCCUGGGAAAACCACUCUUCUCCUCUCCUCACUGCAAUGAGAAGUACAUUUGUGUUGGGUGUGUGGAUGGAAACUUAUAUUGUUACACUCAUUCUGGAGAAAAGGUUUGGCAGUUUUCCACUAAUGGACCAGUAUUUUCAUCUCCAUGCAUCUCAAGUUUAACUAAGCAAGAAAUAUUUUUUGGCUCCCAUGAUUGCUUUAUCUACUGUUGUAACAUGGAGGGUAAUUUACUGUGGAAGUUUGAAGCCACCUCAAGUGUAUAUGGAACACCAUUCGUUUUCCAAAGUGAUGACUUAAAGAACAAAAUUCUUUUGGCAGCAGUAUCUACAGAUGGCAAAGUGUGGAUCCUGAAUGCCAAGAGUGGAACGGCAGAAGGAGUAGAUAAGCUGCCAGGAGAGGUUUUCUCUUCCCCUGUAGUAUGGGGAACAAAGCUUGUUGUUGGCUGUAGAAAUGAUUAUGUUUAUUGCCUAGAUUUGUAUAUAACAGGCAAAAAAGAACAGCUAAGAUGUUAG